GAGAGACUGCGGAAGGAGGCACACCGGUGGGCGGGUGAGGAAGGGGGCGGAGACCCCCUGAAGCUCCAGAAGGGACACCCAGACAGGGAGGGGCAAGGGUGCCCUCCCUUCCCGAAUUCCCUUUUCCGGGAGCAGACGGAUUGGGGAAACGCUCCAGACAUUGCCCACUUCAGGCUGUGUAAACGGUCUUUCUGUAUCCCUUCUGCUGCCAUCAGAUUCUUAGAAAUGCUCGUAAGCCCCCAGGACGCAAAGAGCGCAUUGUUGUGGACGGGUGCAACGGUGUGUCGCCCCUUUAAAUCCCUGACGCCCCCGACUGCUCCCCGCCCACCGCCUUCCGACCGGAGAAAGCCCCACCCAUCCGGCCUCAAUUGGAGCCUAGCGGCCAGCUCCGGAAAAACCUGUGGGCGGAGCUGGGAAAGAGUGACGGAAGACAGGCGCAAUGAAAUCCUCGGAGCCCUCUGAGGCUCCACCCAUCCCUCCUGACCCGGCCGGGCUCCCUCCGGAGUUGCCGGGGCAAGAACGCGCAAGCGCAACAGCACUGCUCGGGCCCCCCAGCGGAAACCACGCCCCUCCCUUAAGCCUUAAAGGGCCAGAAGCAGCUUCUGCUCUCGCCUUUAGGCACUUUUGGGGAGGCAGGGUGCGCAGGCGCAGUGGGGGAACUCUGGGGUGGGGGUAGCGGUCGUGUAUCAAGUUGCUCCCUGUCCCGGCAGAAGAAACGGGGACGUUGAGGGUCCAGGCUCUAGCUUGCUCCCUCCUGUAUCAGUUGGAGGAGAAAAGUUUGUGAAUUGGGCCCCCAAGUUUUGGGGGACCCGGCCUUGCGGCGUGGGGUGACAGAGGAGGCUCGUUAGAGCUUCCCCCAUGGAGCCCACCCAGCCUGCAGAAGACCUCGGUGUGACCCAGCAGCUUCCUAUCCCCGAAUUUGGGGACCCUGAAGAUCCUGGGGAUGAGGCCCCCGAUGGCUCAGACACUGUGGUGCUCAGUCUUUUCCCCUGCACUCUGGAACCUGGGAAUCCUGAACCGGACGCUGGUGCCUCCUCACCUCAGGGCGGCAGCUCCCUGAAGCAUUCCACAACCCUCACCAACCGGCAGCGGGGGAAUGAGGUUUCUGCCCUGCCGGCCACCCUGGACUCCCUGUCCAUUCACCAGCUCGCAGCCCAGGGGGAGCUGAGCCAGCUGAAGGAACAUCUGAGGAAAGGCGACAACCUCAUCAACAAGCCGGACGAGCAUGGCUUCACCCCCCUCAUCUGGGCCUCCGCCUUUGGAGAAAUCGAGACUGUCCGCUUCUUGCUCGAGUGGGGUGCUGACCCCCACAUCCUGGCCAAGGAGCGGGAAAGUGCCCUGUCACUGGCCAGCAUGGGAGGCUACACAGACAUCGUAGGGCUGCUACUCGAGCGUGAUGUGGACAUCAACAUCUACGACUGGAAUGGAGGGACACCACUGCUGUACGCCGUGCGUGGGAACCAUGUGAAGUGCGUAGAAGCCUUGCUGGCCCGAGGAGCUGAUCUCACCACUGAGGCUGACUCUGGCUAUACCCCAAUGGAUCUUGCCGUAGCCCUAGGAUAUCGGAAAGUGCAACAGGUUAUCGAGAACCACAUCCUCAAACUCUUCCAGAGCAACCUGGUGCCCGCAGAUCCUGAGUGAAGACUGCCUGCUGGGCACUCAGAUACUCAGGGAACAAAAUAGUUGACCCAGAGCUGGGGAAACCCAGAACUGGCUUCAAAGGCAGCUCCUGGACGGACAGUGGGAGGGGAUCCUUCCCAAGAGGAACCAAUAAACCUUCUGUGUGCGUAA